CAGAUGGAGGGAGGGAGGGAGAGAAGUUGGGUUUCAAACUGAGUGCGUACAGUAAAGAGAGAGAAGAGUCUCUUUGAUACAGUUCUCAGUCAUUUAGACUGGCAUCAUCAUCAUUUUUUCCUUCACCACCAUCAUCAUCAUCCAUGUCGGUUCUUCUUCUGCGAGUGAAAAUGUUGCAGCAGGUCUGGAGGUUGAAGAGCAUCGUCAUCCUCAUCUGCAGCCCAUUCAUCCUGUUGCCGCUCGCCGUCAGCACCACGGAGGCGGCCUGUGCUUAUGUCAUCGCCCUCAUGGCAGUGUACUGGUGUACUGAGGUGUUGCCGCUGGCAGUGACAGCGCUGCUGCCAACCAUCCUGUUUCCUGUCCUGGGCAUCAUGGAAUCCAAAGACGUGUGUAUGCAGUACCUGAAGGACACCAACAUGCUGUUUGUGGGGGGGCUGAUGGUGGCUGUGGCUGUGGAGCACUGGAACCUCCACAAACGGAUUGCACUCAGAGUUCUGCUGCUGGUGGGGGUCCGACCUGCCCUGCUGAUGCUUGGGUUCAUGGGAGUGACCGCCUUCCUGUCCAUGUGGAUCAGCAACACAGCCACCACUGCCAUGAUGGUUCCCAUUGUCCAGGCCAUCCUGGAUCAGCUCAACUGCAACGCAGACCCUGAACCCUCCCUGCAGAACCAGAGGCAGAGUGUCAUUGUGCACCGAGAACAUGAGGAGAAAACUAGCAGCAUCCCACAAACUGCUACUCCAAAGAUGUUGGAGAAAGGUCUGAACGGGCUCAUGUUACCACAAGGCAAUUCAGAGAAGAUCAGCAACCCCCCAGACAACAUGUACCCUGAGCACCAAGUACUGUCACAGGGUCAGGUGGACAAAGUCAAACCUACACCACAGGACAAACCCCCAUCAGACAGCACCAGCCACGGUCCUGUGGUGGUGUGUAUGGAGAACACCUCCUGUCAGAUAGAGAAGGAGCAGCUCAGUGAUGAAGAGGAGAAGAGGAGGAGGACGAUGAGUAAAGGCCUCCUGCUAUGUGUGUGCUAUGCUGCCAGCAUCGGAGGGAUCGCUACUCUGACAGGAACCGGACCGAACCUGAUUCUGGUCGGGCAGAUGAACCAACUUUUUCCUCAGAACGGUGACGUGAUCAACUUUGCGUCCUGGUUUGCGUUCGCCUUCCCCACCAUGAUACUGAUGCUGAUCCUAGCCUGGUUCUGGCUCCAGUUUCUCUAUAUUGGCUGCAACCUACGGAGGACGUGGGGUUGCAGGACAGUCCAGUCAGAGAAGGAGCAAAGGGCGUAUGAAGUGAUCAGGGAUGAACAUCGGCGUUUGGGCCCAAUGAGUUACGCAGAGGUCAGCGUUCUCGCACUUUUCAUCCUCAUGGUGGUGCUGUGGUUCACACGAGACCCGCGUUUCAUGGAUGGUUGGGCCACUCACGUUUUCAAUGCCAAGGCCGAGUUCGUCACUGAUGCCACCGUCUCUCUGUUUGUGGCUGUUUUGCUGUUUGUUCUUCCCUCUGAGCCACCACACUUCCUCUGCUUCUGGAGGAGCUCAAACACAGAGUCACUGGUGUCACGAGGCCCAGCUCCACCUCUGCUCAGCUGGCAGGUGACUCAGAAGAAGAUGCCCUGGAACAUUGUCCUCCUGCUAGGUGGAGGCUUUGCUCUGGCCAAAGGCAGUGAGGAGUCGGGUUUGUCCCGCUGGCUCGGCACUCAGAUGACGCCGCUCCACUCCAUCCCUCCCUGGGCCAUCGCCGUCAUCCUCUGCCUCCUGAUUGCCACCUUCACUGAGUGUGCAAGCAACGUUGCCACGGCAACACUCUUCCUCCCAAUCCUGGCCUCCAUGUCACAGUCCAUAAGCCUGAACCCUCUGUACGUGAUGAUCCCCUGCACCCUCAGCGCCUCAUUCGCCUUCAUGCUGCCAGUGGCCACACCCCCCAACGCCAUCGUCUUCUCCUACGGUUUCCUCAAAGUGUCUGACAUGGCAAAGUCAGGUGUGGUGAUGAACAUCAUUGGCAUUGGUUGCAUCAGUCUGGCCAUCAACAGUUGGGGUCGCGUCAUGUUUGGCCUGGACUCCUUCCCAUCAUGGGCCAACACCACUGCACCUGUGUAGGAGCAGCAGCCUUCAUAACUCAACUAUGAGGGUUUGGAUUAAAUUUCCCAGCAGGAAAUUUGUUUGUUAUGUCCACACUGCAGUUCGGGCUGCUAGUUCUGAGCCACCAGAAACUUCGUCUUGAAGUUGGGACCUUCUCACCAGUUUGAUUUUUGUUUGUUUUUUGUUUGUUUGUUUGUUUGGUUUGUCAGGCAUUAAUAGUUUAAAAUAAAUAAUUAGUGUUAAAACUCCAAAGCUGCAGUUUAAUGCAUACCAACAGUACAUGGUGGUAGCGUUCAGAUAAUACUGAUGCCAUAAUGUCAUAAGUGCCAAGUCUCAAUAAAACAGAUAAUGUCUUUCCUAAAAUGUCUUCCUCAGUAAAAUCAGCUUCAAGUCCACAUCUUCAUCUGUCCAACAACAACAGAGCCAUGUCAAACUCGUCACUGCACUGAUUAAUUUUGCUGAUUUUCAGUCAGUGUUAAGUUGGUGUCAGUAAGACUCAAUACGUCCUGCAGGGGUUUUAAAUUAAAGUUAACAUUAGGGAUUACACCUUUCCACUGGGAGGCUUGUAAUUCAAAACCUGUCUACAGCAGAUUUAGAUGGCAGUGAUGUAAAACUAUCCAUUUUGCAUUUUCUGUUUAAUUCCUCCAGUUUUAAAGUUAAUUUAUUUAAUUUAAAAACCAUUUAUUUAUAUAUCUGACCUUUUGCAGAUA